CUAUAAAUAAUAAAUAACUAUAAAUGUAACCAAAGAGAUAGCUAUUAAUACAAUAUAGUUAUACAUUCAACCAAUAACUCCCGUUACAUAUUAUAGAUUUCUAAUAUACCGCGUUAAAGGACUUGAGGAAAAAUUAAAACCAAAAUUAUAAAAAAAAAUGUUAGAAAUAACUUGCAAUGAUCGAUUAGGAAAAAAGGUUAGAGUGAAAUGUAAUCCAGAUGAUACUAUCGGUGAUUUGAAGAAAUUGAUAGCAGCUCAAACUGGAACACAUUGGGAAAAAAUUGUAUUAAAGAAAUGGUAUACCAUCUUCAAAGAUCAUAUUAAAUUACAGGACUAUGAAAUACACGAUGGCAUGAAUUUAGAGUUAUAUUAUCAAUAGUUGUGUAUAGAUUCGUUAUAAGAACUUAUAAUGUCUUAAUGUAUUAAUAAUUAUUAUUUUUCACUUGUAUUGUAAUAAAUUUUUUAUUUAAAACAAUA